AUGUCCUGCAUUAAGAACUGUGUAUCAGAUGUAAUCUUAACAAGGAUCAUAGCCUGUGAGACACCAAAGCAAGCCUGGGACAGAUUGAAGGAGGAGUUUCAAGGGACUGAAAGAACAAGGCAACAACAGCUUCUGAACUUGAGAAAGGACUUCGAGAACUUGAAGAUGAAGGAAGAAGAAACUGUUAAGCAGUAUUCAAACAGAAUUAUGGCUGUAGUUAACAGCAUAAGGCUCCUUAGAGAGCAGUUCAAUGAAGCAAGAAUAGUGGAGAAAGUCCUCUCAACCUUACCUGAUAGGUAUGAGGAAAAAAUAUCCUCUCUCGAAGAUUCAAGGGACCUGACCAGCAUCUCUUUGACAGAGCUGAUUAAUGCUCUUUAUGCACAAGAGCAAAGAAGGGCCAGUAGACUCGAGGAGCACCAAAAAGGUGCAUUCCAAGCUAAAACCAAGCCUGCCUCAAGCUCUACUAUCAACAAAGGCAAGAAGACUUGGAGUGACAAGUCAAAGACAGAUUCUUCAAGAAGAUGGGAUAGGCCAUGUAGGCAUUUCUCCUGUUCAGCUCCUCAAGACAAAGAGUCAAGUGGCUUGCUUCUAGACAGUGGCUGCACUAAUCACAUGUCACCAGAUGCUGCCAUUUUCAAGUCAUUAGACAGAAGCUACAAGAUCAAAGUAAAGGUUGGCAAUGACCAUUUUAUCAAGGUAGAGGGCAAAGGGGAUGUGUUGAUAUGCACUCCCACAGGUAACAAACUCAUUUCAAAUGUGUUGCUUGUACUUGAAAUUGACAGAAACUUGCUCAGCAUAGCUCAGUUGUUGGAAAAGGGCUAUUCAGUUGUGUUUAAGGGCAGUGAAUGCAAAAUUAGUGAUCCAAGUAGAUCCAUGCUCAUGACAGUGGCCAUGAUAGAUAAAAUUUUUGCUGUUGACUAG